UACUAUGUAUAUAGGUAUGGCACAGACGAAUCGAUAUUUCCGUAAUUAAGAAUGAAAUUAAAUUACGCACGUAGCGGUGAAAGCUCGCUUGAAUGAAUCAAAGAUCUAUUACAAAGAUUACAGUCUAAACUUCUAAUUUCUUCCGAUCGCUUACCUUUUGGAAUCUUUGAUUCCGCCACGGUGACGCAAAAAAUUAAUUCUCGCUUGGAUGCAACGGCGUCUAGUUUCAAUGCAAACUGAUAUGGAUGUAAGUAUUUCCUACAGUUUAGCGUAGUCUGGGAUAUAAAUGCGAGCAUGCAAGUCCGGUUUUCAAGAGAGAAAGAUUAUCCACGCGUCUGGGAAAGGGAGAGGGAGAAAGCGUAUAAAAAGGAUUGGUCCAUCGUCAAGCACUCGCAGUAUACGUAUUCGUUUCUUCAUCUACUGUCCCAUUAGUAAUCGAAAAAUGAUUUCUUGGUCUUUUGUAAGUAUCCGAAAAAAAAAGAAAGAAAAGAGGAUGGAUACGAUCGAUCUGAUGGACAUACACGUAGGCACGCGAACGAGAGGAUCUCGAAUCUCGGGGGAAACAGUGAAUCGUGACCGAAUGUUACACAUCCUUUGCAAGUUCCGCUCAUAGCGCAAACAAUGCCGGUGAAAAGUGAAUAUUGGUAUUUGCAUACUUUCUUCUAUACGCACUUACGUAUUUGCGAUGGCGAUGGCUCGUAAAGCCGGUAACAUCGUGGCCCCUAUUCAUCCCGCACUUUAUAUUCAUACCUCGAAACGGAGUUACGAUCGCACUUUGUGGAUAUAUCAUUGCGAAUAUGUGAUUUACUAGCACCAGUUGACCGAGUUUAGAAAGUGCCAGCUGCGAACAACAGAACUUCGAACACGACGCGACUGAUUUCUCUCGUCUGUACCCUACUUGUCCGUGCUCAUACUUGAUCGACAAAAAGACUAGAAGCCCGAUAUCGUUCUCGUGGACCUUGAAUCUAACUAUCGAUUGUUUCAGGUAUGGGUAACAAUCAUAUUCGCGAAAUACGUAAUGGCUAGCAUCGAAGGUAGUCCCGGAGGUUGGCAGGGAAUAUCAGCAGGCAACGAUUAUGGAUCAGGACACGGCUUAGAAUUAGGUGGCCUGUCCAGUUACGGUUCCUAUGGCGGUGGUGGACUGGAUCAUGGAUUGCACGGAGGACAAGUUCAUUACGCUGAAGCUGUACCGGUGAGCGAGCACGUGGAAAUUACCAGGCCCGUGCCAGUACCUGUCGUCAAAAACGUUGGAGUACCGGUUGCUCAACCAGUGGCCAUAGGAGUUCCACAUCCAGUCGCCGUAGGAGUACCACAGCCCUAUCCAGUUCACGUACCGGUUGCAAAGCCAGUUGCAAUUCCCGUGGUGAAGACCGUGGCCGUUCCAGUCGAGAAGAAGGUUCCAUUUCCCGUGGAAAAGGUGAUACCGGUCCCAGUAGAGAAACACGUGCCUGUACCGGUGGAGAAACACAUACCAGUGCCGGUGGAAAAACCAUACCCCAUUCACGUGCCGGUUUACAAACACGUAUUCCACAGGGUGAAGUCUCAUGGUCACGGAUGGAGUCAUUAAACGUUACAACAUGAUACUCUGAAGAUAUAUGCAGAUUUACACAUAUGGCCGUAACAGCAAGCGAGCGUAACUUCUGCGUGUGUAUCAGCUAGUCUAUACGGCAGAAGAUUGCGAUUCUCUUCCUCGAAUGAUCACAAAGAAGGCUCUUCGUCUUCGAUCGGGCACACAUUGUUGUAUAGAUCGAAGAAAUCAACGAGCCAUCUAUCCAGGAGUCGUAAAACGUCUCCAAUGCUGUUUGUAUUUAUGGUUGUU